AUGGACACAGGAGGUGACGAUGAUCUGAAAUUACUCCGGGCUUCUGCCUCCAAUCUCGGCGACCUCGAAAAGCGUAUCUUGCGGCUUACACGAAAAGGCAAAAAUGCCUCCAACGAGGUCCCGUCGCAAGUGCGACUGAUGGAUGUGGAGCGCAUUCAAGCAUUAAUCGAACCAUUCCAGGAAGACCCUCAGCUGCUGGACACGCAUUUGAAAACUUUCAUCCCACCGCUGGUUGCUGCCUAUUUGGACUCCCUUCACACAGGACCCAGACCGGAACCCAUGAAGGGCUUCGUACCCUUAAACCAUGCGAUAUGUCGGAUACUGAACCUCUUCUGCAAAGUUCGGGGGGAGAAAGUUAUCAAAGGGUUCUUGAACAACGAGCCGCGCUUUCUCGAGCCUGUUAUCAAUGAGUUCGAAGCGGGAUCUAACUCUACACCAAGCGAGGACGAGCCUCCAGCUCAAGGCAUUGUACCUUGGACCGAACGCUAUGUUCUCCUCCUCUGGUUAUCUCACUUGAUGCUGGCUCCAUUUCCCUUGGCCUCUAUGUCCGCUAUGCAGUCAUCGCAGGAAGUGGCAACUACUCUCGGGAUCAGACUUCCCACCGAGGCACCUGGUAUUACCCUUCGCGUUCUUUCUAUUUGCGUCACAGCUUUUGCAUCAGCAUCCAAGGAACGCAGUACUGCUGCACAUCUGCUCGUCAGGCUCUGUGUCAGACCUGACAUGCAGAAGCUCGGUUUGCUAGAGACGCUUGUUCAAUGGUCCCUCAAUUUCUUCGAUAAUGUCACAGAAGAUUCAGCAGAUAUCCAUCGAUGCCUAGGAGUACUUUCUUUUCUCUCCGGACUCGUCACAUCUGCUACGAAUGAGGAGAUCGGCCCAUUCCUUCCCGCCAUAUACAAGGUUGGCCAGAACAUCAUUGCUCAAUCAAACCUAGCUUUCGUGAAAGCUUCCGCUGUAGCGAGGAAGCUCGUCAUCAAGACGUUGCGCAACAUCGUGAUCCAUAGCCUCCAAGCAGGCGAAGUGAUGAACGAGCUUGACACCACUACUGUUCUCGAAGAAGUUGUCGAAUUUCUCCUAGAAUCCUUAGCUGACGGCGACACUCCUGUGAGGUACGCAGCAAGCAAAGCACUUAGUAUCAUCACUAUGAAGCUUGACCCAGAAAUGGCCGAAGAUGUAGUCGAGGCCAUUCUAGGGUCACUCAAUGAAAAUGUUUACUGGCAAGGUCCGACCCGGAAUCUCAGUGCGGUCGAUCCACUGCGGUGGCAUGGGCUGACGCUUACACUCUCACACCUGCUAUAUCGACGGGCUUUAUCACCUGCUCAGCUACCUGAGAUCCUGAACGCCCUCUUAUUGGCGUUGGCUUUCGAGCAACGAUCAACGACUGGUGGCUCGAUAGGGACUAAUGUCCGCGAUGCUGCCUGCUUUGGAAUUUGGGGUUUGUCUCGACGAUAUUCAACGGCUGAACUUUCUGCUGUAGAGACAUCCUCGGUUCGAGCCUCAGAGCACCGGCAAGAUCUCUCGAUCUUGCAGGUGCUAGCAAUAGAGUUGCUUGUUGUAGCAUGCAUCGACCCAGCUGGCAACAUUCGAAGAGGAUCAUCUGCUGCAUUGCAAGAGCUUAUUGGCCGCCAUCCGAACACAGUCUAUGAAGGCAUCUCACUAGUUCAAGUUGUUGACUUCCAUGCAGUUGGCCUUCGUGAACGCGCCAUGUGUAAGGUUUCCGUCGAAGCCGGCAAGCUGCAUCAAACUUAUUGGGAGACUUUGUUCGAGAAUCUGUUAGGUUGGAGAGGUAUCGGCUCCCUGGACUCUGCUUCUCGACUUUUCGCCGCACGCACCGUGGGACUGCUGACCCUCGGACAAACCCAUACUGUUAUUCACUCCAUGGCCGACCGAAUUCGCAAUGAGCUUGCGGCACUCAAACCAAGACAGGUUGAGGAACGCCAAGGCCUGGUGGCCGCGUUGGCAGCUCUGAUAGAUGAAAGCAUUGCGCGAGAACAUCUGGAUGAACCAACUGAAAUGAUUAAAGCGACCAAUCUUACCCAUCUCUGGGGUCUACUCGAACGAGAGUUGAAGCUUGAUGACAAUGAUUUCACGUCUCCAGCUAUGAGGCCAGACUUUACAGCUUCGUCCAUUUGCACCUUGUUGGGGGCGUUGUCAUAUAUGAGAUACUCGCCUGAGGACCAAGAAACAUCACAAGUGCCAAUAGAGGAACUGCUUCGUCUAUUCAAUCUUUCCCUUGGUCGCCACGCAGACUCCGUGAUGGAGGCGAUACCACGAACAACGUCCGGUGUCUUGAGGCUUUUGCAGCGGAUCUCUCCGAAUGAUGCGGGCUCUAUGGUUGCUGGUUGGCUUACUAAAAUGGAGAACGAGGCAUCGUAUAAUGGCCUGCGGUGGUCUGGAUUCGCCAUCGCGCUAGGAGCAGCAUACCCAUGGCUCAAUACUGAAGGAACUGGCCCGACCGCCAUGCAGAGACAGAUUGAAGAAAUCUUACCCUUUAGAUGUACAUCCGCUGUUUCAAUCGAGGCCAGAACAGUGGCCCUGUCAGCUAUCAGUAUCUUGCUCAAAAGCUGUGCAAGUUCUACCCCCACGUCCGAAUUGCCCUCAGCUAUCAGAGAUCGAGUCGCAAAUGCUUUGCACGUGGCUUUGAAUGACUAUACUGUCACGGAACGCGGAGAUGUCGGUGCUCUUGUACGGCUCGAAGCUCUGAGUACGACAGGAACCGCCUGGCAAACAGGCUUGCUACACGGUUCCACCCACGAAGAAGAGUUGCAUGCGGAUGUCCUGCGGUUAUCUCUUGAAAAGCUUGACAAAGUGCGAUUACGAGCUGCACAGGUUUUGGAGAAGGGUGCAUAUGAACUGUUCGAAGCGGUCGCCGCUGGUGUGGCAGAGGGCGUUUCUUCUUACGCCUACUUCGCGAAUGCUCUCACCGUGCUGAAGCCAUCGAGCUCUCCUGCUAUUAUUGAAGCCGUUUGUCUCGGCUACGUGACAUCCGCAAGCAUGGGCUCUGAGUCAGUUGUUCAAAAUUCGCGCGCUGCACUCUUAGACACCAUCGAUACUUGGCCUACUACUAGCGCCAGUGGAAACAGCACGUUCAACUUAAUAGAUACCGUCGAUUGUCUCUUGAAUCUUCUGAAGCGCAACUUAGAGACAGAGCGAAUCCUCCUACCACUGCUAGAGAUCUUCGCCUUCUUGUUUGACAUGCAAGUCAUGCACCGACUUCUGGAAACAUCUUUCAACUUUCGCGCCAUUCUCUCCUGCACGCAAAAAGCCCACUUUAAAUCCACCCACAUGCAGAAGCUGCAUCUUGCGCUGGAUGUGUACCGUGGCCUGGGCAAUAUCAAGACAACACGUGCAGAUACAAUUACAAAACUGAGCAGCAUGUUACUGCAUCCCUUUCCUAAAGUGAGGACUGUCCAGACUGUGAUUCAGAUACGCGUGUUAAUGAGAGAGCAGAUUCGCAUUGCGGCCGCAGAAACUUUGUGGCUGGUGGCCAAUGAGGAGAGCCUCAAGAGGCAAGACUGGAGCGUGCCAUCGAAGAGCUUGAAACCAAUUGUUGCUAGCAUCAAGUCUGCUUUGGCUACGAAUAGCUAA